GGAAUAUAGGUUGUGAAGAAAAAAUACGUUAACCAACUGUAUCUAUUUUAUGACAUUUCCAACAAUGAAAACAUUUAAAAAGAACUCUGAAAUGCCUGCAAACAACCAGUGUGCUGAAAUUUUCGAUCUAGCUUGUGAGUUACAUGUGAAUCCAGCUAACCGUCAAUCACAUAUGAAUGUAAAGAAUUUAACAUCAUCAACUUCAGAAGUCACAUCUCCUUCAAAUCCAAUAUGCACUGACUCACAUUUAUACGACACGGCUGUUAAUCGAAUGUUUACAUUGGAUUCUGAUUAUUUCAAAAGGCCUCAGUUUCAGUGUCUACCCAACUGUCAAGAUAUUCCAUUAGCGUCAGAAGAGAAAGGAUUGUCAACUCUUUUCCCAUAGUUGGCCAUACGCAUCCACGUAUUCGCUCACAUCUACGGUCACACAUUGUUAAAAACUCUUCACACACAGCCAAUACACAUUUAUCCCCAGGUAAAUUGGAAAAUAAAUCUUUGCCAUUUUUACAAACAGUGCCA